AUGGAUUUUGUUUCGCUUUCGUUAGGCGUCCAACUAAUACUGGAAGAUUUGGACGCCCUAAAUUCCGGAAUAAAGGGAAAAGGCCGGGAAAACGAUAGGCUUUCUAAUAUUACUAUAACUACGGAACUUUUUAAAAAGGAAUUUACAACGCAAAUAAUUUUUACGUCCGAUCGAACUAUAUACGAAGGUAUUGUUAAAGCCGUAACCAAAAAUAUUAAUAUUAUUAGGUAUAGCGGAAUAUUUAAUUCGACGACGAAUUCGUCGAUAAACUGA